ACAGCCACCUGGCUCCUCAGUGUGCAGGAGGAGAUUGUGGGAAGAUGAAGCGACUGAGCGGCAGGCGUGGACCUCAUGAAUAACUGGCCAAUCUUAGCCAUUUAAUUUUCACUUGCCUUGUUUGUUUAAUUUUUUUUUUAAAUUUGUUUUGCCAAAAUUGCUGUUCAAUGUAGAACUGAAGAAACAAGAGCACUGUAGAAAAAGAAGAAGAGGGGCAGUAACUGUACGAGGCUGUGGGCAUCACAUUACACCGGAUGUCAUUAUACGCUCUUAAAUAUCGAGGACUAUAAUCAAGACCAAAGGCGUGGAGGUAUUACAACCAUGGAGGUUGUAACACAUUUUGUAAAUGACACUGUAGACUUUUACAAAUGGAGCCUUACUAUAGCAGACAAGAGGGUGGAGAACUGGCCGAUGAUGUCCUCUCCCCUCUCCACCCUGGCCAUCAGCUGCCUGUACUUGAUCUUCCUGUGGGCGGGGCCCAGAUACAUGCAGGACCGCCAGCCCUGCACACUCAGGAAGACCCUCAUAGUCUACAACUUCAGCAUGGUAGUCCUCAACUUCUACAUCGCCAAAGAGCUCCUGUUAGCGUCGAGAGCAGCCGGGUACAGCUACCUCUGUCAGCCUGUUAACUACUCCACUGAUGUCAAUGAAGUCAGGAUAGCUUCUGCUCUCUGGUGGUACUACAUUUCCAAAGGAGUGGAGUUCUUGGACACAGUCUUUUUCAUACUGAGGAAGAAAUUCAAUCAAGUCAGCUUCCUCCACGUCUACCAUCACUGCACCAUGUUCAUCCUCUGGUGGAUCGGCAUCAAAUGGGUCCCCGGAGGACAGUCAUUUUUUGGUGCGACCAUCAACUCUUCCAUCCACGUCCUCAUGUACGGUUACUAUGGCCUGGCAGCCUUGGGUCCACACAUGCAGAAGUACCUCUGGUGGAAGAAAUACCUCACUAUCAUUCAAAUGAUCCAGUUCCAUGUAACCAUCGGUCACGCCGGCUACUCUCUCUACACUGGCUGUCCGUUCCCCUGCUGGAUGCAGUGGGCUCUGAUUGGCUACGCUGUCACCUUCAUCAUCCUCUUCGCCAACUUCUACUACCACGCUUACAGACGCAAACCUUCCUCGCAGAAAGGAGGCAAGCCUGUUGAAAACGGCACUUCCGCUUUGACCAACGGUCACAGCAAAGUGGAGGAAGUGGAGGAAAAUGGCAAGAGGCUAAAGAAGGGCAGAGUGAAGAAGGAGUGAGGAGAUAAAAGGGAUUUACUUGGUGAAAAUACAGAGAAGAAGGGAAGGGAGGGGGGAGGGGAAAAACAGUUCAAACCAGAUCAACAUCACUGCAAACAAUGUAGAUGGAUGUGAUUUGGGACCAACUUGAGAAAGCGAAUGGGUAGCAGUUUGUAUUUGUGGGUGUGUAUGUAAAAGGUUGUGCUUUUGUGGGAAAGAGAAGGAUGUUAAUCUUGCAGCAGUUUUAAUUUUUAAAUAAAAAAAAAAAGAAAAGUAAAACGCUGAUCACGUAGUCUCAGUGCUCCUCUGUCCAGACUUGUGUUGGACUCCAGUAGGACUGAAUUAUUUAAGAACCUGCAUCCUGCUCAGCAUCUACAACCAAAACACACCUCCAUCUUUUUUAUUCUGGGUUCCAAAAAUAUUUUAUCUGACAGCUUAAAUAGUAUUUAAUAUGCUUAUUUACAUACUAGUGUGCUUAAAGAAUUUUAAUUUGACUGCUAUGGAAAACCAGAGAAAACAUUUAAACGGGUUUUCUUGCUUUGUUUUUGUUUUUUUUUUUCGUUUUGUUUUAGGGGUUGGGGUUGUUUUUACAAAAAUCUAGUUCUGUUGCACACCAUAUAAAAUGCUCACAUUUGCCAUCUGCUGUAUUUAACCUGUUUGCAGACAUCUGCAGCAUCUACGAAUCCAACUCAGCAUUGCUGCGUUUACAGUCACAUGCAAUCUUCAUUUUUGUUCAUUGUGAACUUUACAAUCUUGAUUUAAAACACUUUGGACAAAACUGUAGAGUUGUUUUGGUUUGUUUCUUUUUCUUUUUUUUUUUUUAAUAUACCGGUAUGCAAAUUUGUGAUUAUCUUUGUGAAAAUACAUAUUUUUGUGGGUCUUCACAAUUGAUUCCUUUUUGCUGUGAUGUAGCCGAAGUGCAAGAAUAAGACAUUGAAGUUCAGGUCAAUAUUGUCUCACUGCCAUGUAGGACUGAAGGCGAAGGCAUCCUGAAGAAAGAGCUUUUUUUUUAAACGAAAAUUUAUGGUCAUUUCAUUGUCUUAUUGAAACAAUGUGACACAGCUUUCCAGCUGCACAUAUAACUGAAAUAAAGACUGU